GCCACGGGCCAGGAUUGGAGGGGCCAGGACCCGGAGCUUAAGAAGAUCCCGAGGGGCCUGAGAGCCUGUCUUGGAGCUGGGGGAGGGGCAGGGACCAGGUGUCAACAACUUAUAUCAGCUUUUUAGUGUGUGCUAGUUCUGAAGACUACUUCUGAUGUCCCUGGGAAGAAGACAAACAUCAUUCUUCAUCCAGCAGAAGAUACCCCUGCUCUGGAAAAGGAGAUGGGAUAAUGCCUCAAUGCCAUCAGCUCACUGGACUAAAAAUUUAAGAUGCCUGUUGAACUCAUAAUACUGACCUCUGGGAAAGACACUGAAACCAGAGGUUGGGGGGAGGGGCUUGGAUAUACCCCUUCCCCCCUAAGCUCCUCCCUUCCCUUUUCCCCUCCUUGCCUGGACAAUCCUGUUUGCCCUCUCUCCAGAACACACCUCGAAUUCCUCUGCUCUCUGGAUUUUGAACUAAGACCAAAGGAGAGGGAACUGCACUUUAUUUUUGUGGGUUUGGAUUUGGGGCUCUCAUCUAAAGCUUUGAAAUGGGAUUGGUGAUUCCCAUUGGAAAGGUGUGCCACUGAGAGAACAGAAGAGUGCUUCUCUCCUGGAUUGGAAUUAGAAAUGGAUCUAGAGAUCUAGUUUAACUCCUUCAUUUUAUAGAUGAGAAAACUGAGGCCCUGAGAAGUUAAUUGAAUUACUCAAGGUCCAUGGCUGCUGUCUGAUCCUCCAGAUUACCAAAAGCAUCUUCUUAGACACCAGGACAGGGGCUGAGCAAAGGGGAUAAAAGGUGCUUCCUCCCCUGCUUCAUUCCUCUUCUCCCACAUCCCCCCCCCCAAGUCCCUUCUGCAGCAACUUCUUCUAACCCCUCUUGUGAGGGGUCAGGAUGCUGAAGAAGCAGUCUGCAGGGCUGGUGCUUUGGGGUGCGAUUCUUUUUGUGGCCUGGAACGCCCUGCUCCUCUUCUUCUUCUGGGCCCGACCCUUGCCUGGUGGCCCAUCAUCCGAGGACCCCUUUGCUGACGACCCUGCCAGCCUCACCCGACGAGUGAUCCGUCUGGCCCAGGAGGCGGAGACAGAGCUGGAGCGACAGCAGGGGCUGCUGCAGCAAAUCCGGAAGCACAGUGUGCUGUGGAGCCGGAGACACCAGGCGGCUACCGCGGGCCCUGCCGCUGUGUCCCGCCCAACCCCAGCCUCUGCCGUAUCUGUCCUUCCCGUUUUAGUCAUCGCUUGUGAUCGCAGCACAGUUCGUCGUUGCCUAGAUAAGCUUCUCCACUACAGGCCAUCAGCUGAGCAGUUUCCCAUCAUCGUGAGCCAGGACUGUGGGCACAAGGCAACGGCCCAGGUCAUUGCUUCAUAUGGCAACGCCAUCAUGCACAUUAAACAACCUGACCUUAGCAGUGUACCUGUCCCAACCGAGCACCGAAAAUUCCAGGGCUAUUAUAAAAUUGCCCGUCAUUACCGUUGGGCCUUGAGCCAAAUCUUCCGUACCUUCAAAUAUCAAGCAGCUGUGGUGGUGGAGGAUGACCUGGAGGUGGCUCCAGACUUCUUUGAAUACUUUCAAGCCACAUAUCCACUCCUGAGGACUGAUCCAUCACUGUGGUGUGUUUCAGCCUGGAAUGAUAAUGGCAAGGAGCAGAUGGUGGAUGCCACAAGACCUGAUCUUCUGUAUCGAACAGACUUUUUCCCAGGCCUGGGGUGGCUGCUGCUGGCUGAGCUAUGGGAUGAGCUGGAGCCUAAGUGGCCAAAGGCCUUUUGGGAUGACUGGAUGCGGCAACCAGAGCAGCGUAGGGAUAGAGCUUGCUUAAGGCCAGAGAUCUCUCGGACAAUGACCUUUGGUCGCAAGGGGGUGAGCCAGGGGCAGUUCUUUGACCAGCACCUCAAGUUCAUCAAGUUGAACCAAGGUUUUGUGCCCUUCACUCAGUUGAACCUGUCCUAUCUGAAACGGGAAGCCUAUGAUCAGGACUUUUCUGCCCAAGUCUAUGCUGCGCCCCAAGUGCAAGUGGAGGAGCUAAAAGGCAACCAGAAACAGGAAUUAGGGGAGGUUCGGGUACAGUACACAGGACGGGACAGCUUCAGAGCUUUUGCUAAGGCCCUAGGUGUCAUGGAUGAUCUCAAGUCAGGAGUUCCCCGAGCUGGCUAUCGGGGCAUUGUCAGUUUUCUGUUCCGGGGCCGCCGGGUAUACUUGGCACCUCCACAGGACUGGACUGGUUAUGACCCUAGCUGGAGUUAGCAGCGGCACCCACUCUCUGGUCCUCUACAGGAAGAGGUGGAGAGUCUCGUCUAUAAGCUGCAUUGUUCUUUUUGUGUGUGUGUGUGUGUGUUUUUUUAAUCAGUUCUUUUUUCUUUUUCCAAGUGGCAUUCGAGUGCAUUUUCUCUACCUGGGCCAAGAGUGUGAGAUGCCUGGUUUAUAUCCUGUCAUCAAUGGGAAAGCUUUCUUGGGGAAUAUUAGCGCUCUGGGCAGGAGUUUUGUAAGGCAGAGAAAAAAUUCAGCCCCCUAACCUUCAGAAGCUAGGAGUCCUAGUCUUUCCAUUAGAUAGUUUUGGUUUCCUCAUGAAAAUCUUAAGAAAGAUACAAUUUUCAGAGAUUUUUCUCUCAUUGGGACUUCAUUAUGUGCUGGCUUGAUUUUUCUCCCUCUACUGCUGUCCCUUCUAGCUAGGGUGCAUUUCUCCUCUCUGGGCCUCAGUUUCCUCAUCUGUUAAGUGAAGAGGUUGGACAAGUUGACCUUUAACAGCCCUUCUAGUUCUAAAUCUAUGACAUUAUGAUCCCUACCCCUGUUCCUCCCACUUAAUCCAUCUCUUUUUCUAAGGGCUUGGAUUAGGGACAUAUAUGUGCUUGUGGCCAAAACAAGAACACACCAAAGGGGAGCCAGGGAACACAUUACUAAAUUUUAGGUGUUUGUACUUUUUAAUCCCCUUUGACCUUUAUCCUGUCUCAUUCUCUUUGUUUCUACUGUGUGUGCAGGGUGUGUCAUGUUCCUAUCUGUAUAGCCUUUUAUAUAUUUUUUUUGUUUUUCUUCAUUCUUUUUUUACAUUUCUGUUGUCUCAUUUUCCUGCUUUCUCUGAAGUAUAUAAUCCCCAAUUCUAGAAAUAAAAGUUGAAUGAGGAAAAGCAAAAUCUCCCCAGUUCUCCAUUCUCAGGACUAGGGGGAGAUUGUGGGGUGGGCUUAGGGUUGGGACAGUCCUCAGUGGCAGUCUCCCACCUCCCUGAACCCAGUUUUUCCUAGAUUCUUUAGGAGGGUGUAGCUUCAAAUGGAUGAUGGAAGAGUCUUGUCCUCUGUGCCCCUUCCAUUUUCACUUGGGUUCAGUUCCCUUGUUGAUUAUGUGGGUUGUUUCCUCUCUGAGUUUUUGUUUUCCCUCUUCCCCUGAGGAGCAAAUAUGGUUAAUGCCAUUAGCAGCGAGCCCCUCUCAUCCACUUGUGUAAUUGUGUUCCCAACACAGAUAAGGUAGGGUGUGCCCUCCCUUACCUCCAACCCCUUUAUUUCUUGGGAGAUGAGGAUAGUGAUUGGUUGGAUGAGGAAUUUGGUCAUUUAUAUUUUCCUUUCCUGCCUGACCUCAACUUCAUUUAAGAAAAUCGAAGUUGCUUAAUUAUUUUCCAGAAUAAAAUAAAGAUUGUUAUUUGAAAA